UGCAGACUGUGCAGUCCACAACCGAACAAGAUCAGUCAUUAACCGGUCGGCGUCGUGUUCGGACGUGUUUCUGAAUCGCUUUUAGUCGAACGUGGAUCGAUGCCAAUACGUUUUACUAUUUUCGGAUCUAAGAAAUCAAAUUUAAGGUCAAUAUGAAGCCAGGAUGGUUAGCAUGGGAGUGUAUAGUGUUCGCUAUGUUUGUGUGUUCGACUUCCUGCGCCCCGCUGUGGCGUAGGCGAAGAGAUGCUGCGGCCGGUGGCAGUGCCAAGAGAGCAUACAUCUUCGCGGGCACCGGAGUGUCAACUUUAGCUAUGAUACUAUCGGUGGCUAGAGGAACGCUAGGGGUUCGAUCGUUUUUAGGGUUUCCGUCGGAGCAAGUAUACCGAGGGUCAGCCAUGUGGGAAACGCUUUUUGGCAUGGUGCUAGCGUUUCCCAUAGUUUGCUGGAUCUUCGUCCCGGUCUACUACAGGCUAUCAACUAAUUCUGUUUAUGAAUAUUUGGAGAUGCGUUUCGGUUCGAUUUGGGUUCGGCGCAUAGCCGCAGCAACUUUUCUCCUCCGGCAAGUUUUGAAUCUGGCCGUGACGGUCUACACUCCAACAGUGGCUCUUCAUGCUGUGUUGGCACUGCCACAUUGGGCGUCAGCAGCUGCACUGACUGUCGUUAGCAUCGUUUUCAAUUUACUCGGCGGGCUCGCAGCUGCUAUUAGAGCUGAUGUCAUUCAGACUUUGACCAUGAUACUCGUGAGUGGAGCUUUCAUAGUUCAAGCGACAGUGAAAGCUGGUGGUCCGGCAACGGUGUUUAAUGACAAUCUAGAAGGCGGGAGACUUAAGUUUUUCCAAUUCACGUGGGACCCGACCGUUAGAGUGGACACACUAUCCGCCAUUAUCGGUCAGCUAUUCAUGUCGAUAUCCAUCUAUGGAUGCCAGCAGACUUUUGUUCAGCGUUAUUGCUCCAUGUCCAGCGAAUCCAGGGUCAAGAAAACUCUCCUGGCCAACGUUCCAGCCGUUUCGGUGCUAUUCAGUUUGUCUUGGAUCGUGGGCAUGGCGCUAUAUGCUGUGUACAAAUACUGUGAUCCACUGGCCACAAGCAAAAUUUCGGCCCCCGAUGAAAUCCUGCCGUUUUACGUGCAAGACCAAUUUGGUUUUCUACCAGGGAUGUUGGGACUGUUUCUGGGCAGUCUUUUCAAUGGCGCUUUGAGUUUCCUGGUAUCAAACGUUAAUUCCUUAUCCACAGUCACAUGGGAGGAUUUUGUGUCGGCUGCUCCAUCUUUCAAAGGAAUCAGUGAUAAGCAACAACUUACUAUCAUUAAAAUCAUUGGGGUAAUCUAUUCGGUCGUCAUAAUGUGCUUGUCUCUCUGCGUGGGGAUGGCCGGUGGCGUAGUUGAAGGCUCCCUACUAGUGACGUCAGCCACGUCCGGAGCACUCUUAGGAGUGUUUGUCCUGGCGGCUCUAUGUCCGGCUGCUAACGGUACGGGCGCGGUAUGGGGAAUGAUCGCUUCGCACAUUAUAACGACCUGGAUGGCAGUUGGAAGACUCUUGUAUGUCAAAAAGAAUAUAGCCAUGCUGCCUACUUCAGUCGAGGGCUGCACGAACACAACACUCAAUUACCUGAGUCGGCCUGUGGGCAUCAACCAGACCCUGGCCAAACUAGCACCCCUGCUCCAAUCUAUGAACAUCAGCCUAACAGAAAUACGUCCACCGGAAUCGUUCAUUAUGUCCAACCUUCACAAGAUGUAUUCAAUCUCGUAUAUGUGGUACGCUGUUAUCGGCACAGUCACCUGCGUGACGAUAGGCGUGAUCAUCAGCCUUCUGACUUGGAAGGAAACGGACAGAUACGACGAGAAGCUCCUACACCCGCUUGUCGCGAAACUGAGCAGGAAACUACCGGGCAGGAUUCGUACGUUACCGAUCGAGAAGUCUAAUAUAGAGGUGAAAGAGGACAAGGAAAGUUCAGAGAAGACUGACCAGACCAUAGUGGAUGCGAAGCCUGCGAUUUUCGCCACUACCAGCAGCAGACUGUUUGAGGCUUACGAAGUCAGAAGAUCGCCUUCUCCUGCUCGGACGCGUUUAUGAUCCUCGUUAAAUACAGCUUUAAGAUUUGCAUUGUAAGAUCUUGCUUGAUAAUAGCAGGAUAUUGGAAUAUGUUUGAAAGUCAUAUAUAUGCGUACUUAAAUGUGUUUAGGAGUACAUUUAUAUAUGUUAGCAAUUUAUUGACAUAGUAUAUUAUAUUAUACUUAAAUAGUAUUGACUGCUGGACCGCCAAAGUCGUGGGUUCGAUGUUCAAUAUCUUUAUAUGUUUAUAUUUAAGCGUAUAUUCUAAACUAAGUCCCAAAAUAAGGUUCCCAUGUCACUACAUAGUAUAAAACAAAGCCGCUUUCUCUGUCCCUAUAUUCCUAUGUAUGCUUAAAUCUUUAAAACUACGCAACGGAUUUUGA